UGUUAAUAGAUGGCGCCACUCUAUAUUGAUUUGAUAGAAACUUUAGAAUGAGUUCAAAAUGAUUUUAUUUUCUUAUUAAGAUGUUGUUCAAACGCAAAUAAAGAUUAAAGUGCACGUUCUAUUUUGGUCACAAAGACCUUGGCAAUGGUCUUGAACAGUUUAAUUUUAAAAUCGCAAACAUUCCUUUGAAAAUUGACCAAAUGAUAACAUUUUUAUGCUUUAAACAACCAAAGCAAAAAGGACACUCAAUUGCAUUAAAAUUGAAAAUAAAUUAGAUAAAAUUAUAAAAAAAUAAAUAAAUUAGAUGUUUUAGUAUGCAUAACAAGUCAUAUAAUAAAAAGAUUAAAAAAUGUUUAAUAUCGACGACGGUCGAGGUUAUCAUAUGCAGGCAAACUUGGUCAAAACUUCUUGCGAAUAAGACGCUUGAUAGAACCAGAUGGGGAACAAGUUUUUUUUUGUGUUAUCCAAAAUAAAAAUAUAAAAAAAAGAAUAUGAGAGCAAAGGUAAGUUACAAAAUAUCGAACAUUUGUAAGAAUGCACGCUGUGUGCACUGAUAUUAUGAAUUCUGUUGGUGGUUGUGUUGAAAAAUUAAAGCUUUCAGGCAUGGGGUCUAAUUUAAAUGAAAAUUCUAUUGAUGAAAAUUCACCAUCACUUAUAUAUUCGAUAGGAAUAAUAACAGAUAGUCCAGAAAAUCCCGAAAAUGUAACCCAUUUCAGCGUAACAACCGCCUUGACUUACUGCAAAACAAAAAUUUUAAAACCUUAUUUAAGAUUUUUGUGCAUCACCGGUUUAAGAUCAUUCGUCGCUGAUUCUUCCGAUCGUUUCACAUUGAAAGGAUGUUGUUGUCACCUUUACAUAAUCGCUUUAUUAAUUUUAAUCAUUUUGGGUUAUUUACUCCAAUACACAGCGUGUUUUCGACGGGAUCGUGGUUUUUGUUAUCUUAUUAUUCAAUCAGAAACAGGAACUAAUCUGUUAUCCGAUGAAGAACGUUUUAAAACUGUUUGCGAAGAAUCUAUCAUUUUUAGUUAUGGAAUACCUCAUAUUUUACAUUUUUUUGGUUAUGCACACGCUUUCCAUGUUUUUAGAUCAUCGAAUGAUGACCAACUUCCAAGUUUAAUGGAAUCUGUGUUUUUAACAUUAACAAAUUUAAGUAAUGGAUUUCAAAGUCAAAAGAAAUUGGUUCGAAUGUUAUGGAUUUUUGUUGCUAUAAAUAUUUUAUGGAUGAUUUCUUCUUUAUCCGCCGUUAUGGUUAUGAUGUUGGAUGGAACUAUUGAGUUUAAAUGGAUCAAUUAUAACGACACCAAUAUUGUUUUAAUUUUAAAAUUGUUAUUAGUGCUUUCAACGUUAUGUCACGAUGUCGUUCAAGCGACUGUUAUAUCAAAUUAUUGUCUUCAAGCGCAAUUAUUAACGAAUUACGUGCGAUUUCUUAAAGAGAAAUUGCUUCAACAUUCGGUUUUAGCGAUGGAAUGGAUGCGAGAUAUGGAAGAAUUUAAAAAACUUUUACAUUUUUUAAAUGCCAAAUUAUCUCCGUCCGUUUGUAUUUUUACACUUUUAAACGUAUCCAGGAGCAUAACAGGAACUUUAUGGUUGUUUAAUUUAGAUAAUGUCGAUAGAACAAAUUCCCACACUUUCUGGAUUUGUCUCAUUAACAUCUUACUUUGGGUCGUUUUAGCUUUAUCGCCUUUUAUUCAAGCUGCAAGAUUAACCAAUUCUUGUUAUGAAAUAAGGGGUGUUGGUCAUGAAUUACGAGCAAGACCAUAUCCGGUUCAUUCUUUACAUAAUGAUAACUCAAGGCAAUUAGAUACAUUAAUGUUAUAUUCUUCUACAUUAAAAUAUAAAGCUACCUUAUUUGGAUUAAGCAUUAAACUUUGUUACAUUUAUUUUUUGCUAACGGCUACUUCAUUGUUGAUACUUGCAUUAGGUCAAUUGCAUUAUCUUAAAUAAUUUAUUUUUGAUUUUAUGUUUUUAAUAUUAAAAGAAAUAAAGCAUCAAUAUCCUACUCAUCUCUUUAUUUAUCCCUCAAAAAAAUGUAUUUAUAAUAGUAUCUCUUGUAACGAUUAAUCACAAGCUUUCUACAUUUACACAUUUUUUAAAUUAACAAAACAUCUUCAUCUAUACAUAGCAUAGCUCUAAUUACAAGAUAUAGAUGAAAUGUAGCAUUCUAUUUCAAAAAUUAAAUUAUUAUUAUAAUAAUUUUGUUUAUUAUGUCUUCAAAAUAAUCGUUUUUGGGGGCAUCAUAUUGACUUUGAUUAACGACGUCUCUGCUCGAGGAGUUGCUUCAAACUGAAGGAGGACACUCCGAAGCCAAUCGCAGCGAUAAACAAA